GGCUGCUGGGGCUGCUGCUGCGGAGCUGGGGCGAGGCUGGUGCGCCGCUGUUACUUUGAAUAUCUGACUCUACGAUGGCUGAGAACGGGCUCAAAGCGAAUUGUGUGUCCUGCAGCGUGCUCAGCUGGGAGCAAGUCAGUCGCCUGCACACGAUCCUGUCAGAGGUGGUACCAAUCCAUGGACGAGGCAACUUCCCAACUCUGAAAGUAACCUUGAAGGAUGUCAUCCAGACGGUCCGCAGCAGGCUGGAGGAAGCCCGCAUUCAGGUGCACGAUGUCCGUCUGAAUGGGUCUGCAGCAGGUCAAGUCUUGGUCAAAGAUAACGGACUGGGCUGUAAGGAUCUGGACCUUGUCUUUCAAGUGACCCUCCCGAGUGAGAUGGAGUUCCAGUUUGUCAGAGAUGUGGUUCUACAGUCCCUUUUAAACUUCUUGCCUGAAGGUGUGAGCAAACAGAAAAUUAGCCCCAUGACCCUUAAGGAAGCCUACAUUCAGAAGCUGGUGAAGGUGUACACUGAAGUUGACCGAUGGAGCUUAAUCUCUCUUUCCAAUAAUCAUGGUAGGAAUGUGGAACUAAAGUUUGUGGACCGUAUAAGGCGGCAGUUUGAGUUCAGUGUGGAUUCUUUCCAAAUAAUACUAGAUUCGCUGCUCUUGUACUACAGUUGCUCAGAAAAUCCGAUGUCUGCGCACUUCCAUCCCACUGUGAUUGGCGAGAGCAUGUAUGGUGACUUUGAGAAGGCCUUGGAUCACCUUCAGAACAGACUGAUCGCUACAAAGAACCCUGAGGAGAUCAGAGGCGGGGGCCUCCUGAAGUACAGCAACCUCCUUGUGAGGAAUUUCAAGCCCAUGGACAGAGAGGAGAUCAAAAGUCUAGAGCGCUACAUGUGUUCCAGGUUUUUCAUAGACUUCCCAGAUAUUCUGGAGCAGCAGCGUAAAUUGGAGAGGUACCUCCAGAACCACUUUGCUGAAGAAGACAGAAGCAAAUAUGACUAUCUUAUGACCUUGCGCAGGGUGGUGAACGAGAGUACGGUGUGCCUCAUGGGACAUGAACGAAGGCAGACCCUGAACCUGAUUUCCCUUUUGGCGCUCAGAGUUCUGGUCGAGCAAAACAUCAUCCCUAGCACUAGUAAUGUCACUUGCUACUACCAGCCUGCUCCGUAUGUCAGUGAUGCAAACUUCAGCAGCUACUAUAUUCCAGAUGCUUGUGGGCAGUCUUAUCCCACUUGGUUGCCUUGUAAUUGACUUGUGUGUCCUGCUUUUCAAAGCCCUUAGUGCCUUCCAGAUCUUUGCUGUGCGGAAGAAUACCUCUCGGGCUGCAGCUUGAAGAGUUCUUUGAUAAACCACAGUAUAGCUUUCUCUCUCCUUGCUUCAAGAAAAGGACUGUCUGGCUUCUAAUUGGAGAAAUAUUGUGUCCUAGAACUUCUCUAUACUUGUUUUGUUCUUGAUUUCUUAAAACUGAAUAUUGAAGGAUGAUGUUGGAUGAGAAACUUUGGUUGGUUGCUUCCAUGUCUCCUAAAGUUCCCUUGUAGGCUGUCACUUCAUGGUGUGUAAACUGGUGUGACAAUCCUGCACUUGGCCAAUCUCAAAUCCCUAUGAAGUUAGUGGGAUUUCAGCCAUAGGUUGUGUGCAGGAUUGUAGCAGAUGACUUUUUUCCCCUCACUGAGAAGUUGUAACAAUUUUCUCUAAGUUGUGGCAACAGACAAAAAGAGUAGAGAAGAAUCUAUGCUUAAAGAAUUCUGACAGUUCCUUGGCAUUUUUAGUUGGGAAAGAAAGAUACCCAAAGUUGCAGAGUUUGGAAACUUCAGAUUGGCUUAAAUCAAAACUUACUUAAAAGUUAAGGUGCUAGCAACUAUGACAACCAAUCCCUCCAAUUUUCUCUCUUUUUUUUUUAGUGUGAACUUUCUGGCUGGUCAGUCCAGUUUUGAACAUUCCAGCAAAUUAACUGUUCUCCAUCUUGAAUUCUGUUGAAAAAUGUUAAAGAUCUGUCUUAACUGGGGGAAAAGCCAAGACAAAAUUAUGCAUCCCCGUUUGUUUAUAAAUGCAGCCUUCUAGCUUAGUAGCCUCCAUUUGCUUCAGGGCUCGGCCUGGGAAGAGUGUCACUAAUUUCUUCUUGGCUUCACUAAUUGAAACUGGCUUCUCUGCUACACUAUUAGCAUUUUAAAGGAAAUGUAUUUUUGAACACACAUUUCUUCCUUUAAAAUGCAAGUAACAAAGUGAAUUUUAAAGAUUAUGGAAUUGUGUGGUCUUUAGUCAGUGGCUGAAGCCCGAAGAUCUUGAAGGUGUUUAAUCAGUGUUGGUGUGAUAGAACUAGAUAAGACUUGCCUAGACAAUACCCUGCUUAUGUGCAGUUCCACUGCUCACUGUGCAUCGGUAUGCAUUUCUGAAAUAGAAUUAUUGGGGAUAAGAUCAGUGACGGCCACCCGUGAAACUCUGGUUUCAACACUGGAGACAUCUGAGAAUUGAGAACGUCUCUGGCACUGGUCUUCUAUGUAGUAUUUCAUAGGGUUCUUCUUGGAACAAUCAGUUUAAAAGAAGUUCAUUAAAAUAAUGAUAAUAAAAGAACUUUUCCAGAGAUUGGCUGAGUAUUGUUGGAGCCACUCAAGUUCAAAAUGUAGAAGGGGACUUCAUGACUUACAUUUUUCAAAUGGGGUGCCUUGAGCCAGAAACAGGGUCGCUGUUAUAAUUCUACAGUUUUGCUUAGGAAGUCUGUGAAGAAGAGAAAUGGAGUGUGAGAAGAUCAAUUUUGGGUGACGUCUUUGUAUUUUUGUUUUAUCCUCUAGUCAGCAAUGCGAGUGAUAACAGAACAUUUCAGGUGUCCUGUAUGGGACAAGGAUCCUUCUGUUAAAGGAAUUAAUGUUUUAUAUUAGUAUAGGCUUAGAGUCCAAAGAGUGGCUUCUACUGUUUACCUUCUCUGCCACACUAUCUAACAAAAAUAUGUGUGGAUGUGUGAGGAACAACUUUCUCUGCAGCUUCUGAACAUGGCAAAUAGUAUGGCAGCCAGUCAUCGGUUCAGUCAAAGUGGCUUUUCAGUACUGCCCCUUAAUUGAGUCCCAGAAAGGGAAGUGAACUGAAUAGCUAAGAGUUUGACCAUGGCAGAAUAUUUAUGGAAGCCAUUUUUGGGAUGGGUGUAGGACUCAUAUAGUCUUCAUGGUAAUUCCGAGUUUUUCUUCCAUUAAAUUGUUCAUUCUGCGAGGACUUAUACUCCUUCCUCGCUGGAAACUUUCUGUACUCCAAAGCUUUUUAUCUGUAAAAUUGCAGACAGCUUUGGGUGUUCCAGAGCAGCUCGCCUUGGAUAAAGCCUGACCUGAAUCAGAUGGAUAAGCAAAAAACUGAACGUUGAAUGCAGUGCCAAGCCAGUUCCAGUAACUCUACUUGCAGAGACUAGAUAACUGUUGUUGUCAGAGUGUCUGAAAGUUUCUGAAAAUGGAAAAUGCAGUACUCUCACCUGUAAAAGAGAACAAUCCAGAGAGCAAGAGGUGUUCUUGACCUUUAAAAAAAGACCACAGAACAAGUGGCAGGCAGCUGCCGGAUUGUGUAUUGUGCUAGUAAUUUCAUGGGUGGGAAGAACGUAAAAAUGGGAUUGAAUAAGGGAAGGGUUUUUGUUUGGUAUUGAAUUUAAAAGUUGGAGUGGGUUAUAGACUUCUGAGAAGAGUCUCUUUACAUUGUGAAACUUGUUGUAUCCCUUAUUCUGGCAAAUGUAUAAGUUCUUUUCGUUAAACAAUAAAUGUAAUAUUAGUUGCCAGCUGGCAGUCCACUCUCGUUGGAGAGUUUA